AGGUUUUUAUCACUCCUUAUCUAGACAACAUUGUAAUAUUGACUUAAGCGCAGAAAACUAAACAUUCCCUUUAUCAUUCAAGUAUUAGCUAUUUAUGUCACUUGUACAUCGUGUUAAGUCCAGUGUUUUGUGUUUAAUAUGAAACAAAAUCAGUUCUUCAAAACGUUUUAUGUGUAAUUGAAACAUGAACAGAAAUUCUUAGGAUACAUAAAAAUGAUGCAGCUAGGCAAACGACAUAUUAGUUUGUGCCUGGGACUACUUUUGGGAGUCAUAUUGUUAUAUUCCCUGUAUGAUGGUUCAGAUAAGCACGAGGAUAAAAAAGAUCACCCAGAAGUCAGAAUUAUAUGUAUGCCAGACGACUACAUUGAUACUCCGUUCAUCAAACAAGUUAGAAAGAAUGAAACGGUGAUCCUACCGGAAGUGGCGACGCUAGAAGCACUGUCUGGAGAGGAACUUGCAGUAUUAUACCAUAGGUAUAUAGAAAACCUACAGUACAUGUGCAAACGGAAGGUUCGGCUUGGCCAAAUAGACGAUGGUGGAUGGGAUAUUUGUGAUGAAGACCGAUUCAGACUAACUGAAGAGUCUUGUAUCGUGUACUCAUUCGGAAUCAACAAUGAUUUCAGUUUUGAUGAAGCGGUGACCAAAUAUUAUGGUUGUGAAGUCCAUUCCUUUGAUCCAAGUAUGAAUAUGGACGAUUUUACUAAAGGAAAGAUACAUUUUCAUAACCUAGGAAUAUCUGCACGUGAUGAAGUGACAGACGACAAAUGGAACCUACUUAGAUACAACUCAAUACGGUCAAAACUAGGCCACAAAAAGAAUAUUUCAGUUUUGAAAAUGGACAUCGAAAUAUACGAAUGGGAAGUACUACCAGAUAUUAUCUCAACUGGCGACCUCGCCGGAACUUACAACCUCGUUGUGGAAUUUCACCUGGCUAUGAGCUCUCCUGAACAAGGGAAAGACAAAUAUCUUCCAGCAUUAAAACUUCUUAAGAGUUUGUAUGAUCAUGGAUACAGGAUAUUUUGGACACAUCAAAAUAAAUGGUGUCAGUUUGUGUCCAAGUGUAAACAAGAACUAAGAACAAAUUGUCACGAGGUCAAUUUUGUCAAAAUUAGGUAGCAGAAAACUUUUCUUCGCCACCUCUGAUCUCAGGAAGACGUAGUAGAAAAAAGAAUAAGCCGUGCUCCGUGAGAUUUCAAUCGCAGGCUCAACAGAUAUCUAGAAAAGGAAUGAGAUAGACUCUGUCGUUCGUUUGAUUUGAGAUGCAGGAUCGAAAUACUGUGUUUUGUUUUGUUCUUUUAUAUGUUUUCGAGCAAUGGCUUAUAGAGCUCUAUAUGUGUAAUUCAGUGUAAUAUGUAUUUUUUGCUGACAUGACAAAUGAUAAAGUGGUUCAGCAAUGUCGAUUCACAUAAGACUCUACUCUGUAACAAUUUUGUCAAAAAUGCAAAUCCAUCACCAAAAAAAUGUCUGGAUCUUC